UCAUAAUUAUUCAUAACCUAAACCGUCAAUCUUCUGUUACUGUCAUAAUGUUCUAUAAAAUUUUGUCUUGUUUUUACUUCAUACGUGUUCAAAAACUACUUUGAUCUUUGAUUGAUGUCUACCAUUGUACAUCUAACGUUUUAUUUCAUGAAUUAUGAUUUCUUGUAGAAUAAAGGCUAUAGGAAUAUGUUGUAGUGAAAGAAAGCUAUAAAAUAGUUUAUUAUUAGAUAAUUACUCUCUCUGCUGAUCUUCAUCAGUAAAUUUGAUGAGCAUUUGGCUUGAAUUUGCGUAGUUUGAAUAGCUUCAAUUGUUUUUUUAUCAUGGCUUUUGUGUCCUCUACUGUCAUGAAAUUACAACUCUACGUACAACAAGUGAAUAGUGCUCUUGAGGAAACAAGUCAGCAGGUAUUGCAAGGGCUGCCUAGAGUGAUGCGUGAUGCAAAAAUGAUUCAUCAGGAGGCGCUGAUGCUAAGGGAGAAAAUGCAAUCAAUCAGGCAUGAAAUAGUUCAGGUUGAAAAGGCAACUGGCAAUUCAAUGGCAAGUUUGGAGAAAAUCGACAGGAUAAAGACAGAUCUCCAAACAGCCAAAGAAGCUCUGCAUGAAGCUGAUAACUGGACUCUACUAGCCACUGACAUCGAAGAGGUAUUCGAAAGUAAGAAUGUUGAGAAAAUCGCUGGCAAACUAGUGAGCAUGCAGCAAUCUCUGAAUAUUCUGGCAAACUCGACUGACUACGAGGAUCGGAAGAUGCAGCUGGAAGGCUUGAAGAAUCGGCUGGAGGCCAUAGCUAGUCCGCAGCUGGUGCAGGCGUUCACCGCCGGUCAUAUAGAGGAGUCGCGCGCGCUGGUGUCAAUAUUCGGAGGCAUGGAGCGUGUGGGUCAGCUGAUCAAGUACUACGACCGCUGCCAGAAGGGCGCUCUGUGCGAGAUGUGGCGCUCCACAGUCGAGGGUGACCAGGACCACACUGUCCUAGAGUGGAUCACUGCCUUCUACGACAUGCUUCUCAACAACUGGCACAAACAGGUGAAAUGGUGCCAGAGCGUGUUCGGCGAGGCGAACAGCCUGGUGGACAUCUACUGUGAGGUGCUGGCCAACCUGGAGCCGAGCCUCAACGACUGCAUCGACCUAGCACUCAAGCAGCAGCCGCAGCAGCAACACCUCACCUUCCUCGCGCACCUCAAACGCAUCACACAGACCUUCGCCAACAAUCUGCACCUGGCAGUACAAGCGCACACAAAGAGAAGGGACGCUUGGUCGAGUCUAGCAGCUGCCAUCUACUCAGUGUACACGCCCUACAUGGGUCGAUACGCGGCCCUGGAGGAAGGACACAUGGCGGGGCAGUUGGGGGCCCUCAAGGGCGGUGGCCAUGACGACCUGAUGGACGCCAUUCAGGGGCUUGGCCAGUCCAUUUCCAACGCCAUCUCAAUAGCACAGGACGCAUGGAAGCGUUGUGCCACCUUCACUGAAGGCUGUGGCUUUGCUGGACUCAUUAAGGCACUCAAGGUGUAUUUCAGUAGCUACCUAGACUUGUACAGCUCUGUGCUACGUCAGCUAGAAGCGAAUCGAGCCGAACAUGAGACGUGGAACGUUUUUCAAAUGUGCCUUACUCUCCUUCAAACUACUGGUGAGUUUUUGAACGAAUUGAAGAGACUGGAUGAGGAGUUGGUGCAGAGUAUACUGGAGUGCAGUCGCAAGGACUCAUUCAAUGCUUUCAUCAACAUUCUGCUGGAACCGCUAGCCCAGCAAGAAUUACGCCAGUUGGUGUCAGCCGUACAAGAUGGUGUAACAACCAGCUGCCUGGAAUCGGUUACUCUGAACGUGGAGAAGUUCUGCCGCGAUGUACACUACUCCACAUACAAGGUGAUCUUCAGCCCGGUGGCGGCCCUGUUGGACAAAGGCGCCCAGUCGUGGAUGAGCGCCGCGGCCUCGCCUACCAAAAGCGCCCACCACAAUUUGCCCGACUACAGCUUUGCGCCCCAGGAGUACAUUACCGAGAUAGGUGAAUACCUGAUGACCCUCCCCCAGCACCUGGAGCCGUUCCUGGUUCGCGGGGGCGACAACCCGUCGCUGACAGGGGCCCUGCAGGUGGAAGGUGGAGGUGUGGGUCAGGGUGGAGGUGGAUUCGCUGACCUACUGCUGGGCAUGGUGGCAAGGGGGGCCUGUCAGACCUACCUCGACCAUAUACUCGCCACCACUCAACUCACUGCAACACAGAGCAAGCAGUUGGCUAUCGAUAUCAAAUACCUGGGCAACGUGCUGGAAGACCUCGGCUUCGGUCUGCUUGAUUCGCUGCAACACGUGUCGGUGCUCUUGAAAGUUCCCGCCGACGAGUACCAAUCACAGACGACCGGUGCUCCACCCAAGCUGGUAGCCGCCGUCAGGCAGAUGCGCGACAUUCCUUCCACUUGAAAUAGCAUUCCAGUAACAGUAAAGCGGCUCAUAGACAAAACUGACAUUUUCUCAUUCUUCUAUCAAACUCAAAUCUUAUUUUUCUAAUGUGUAACUUGAAUUUUGCCAUUACAAAUAAGUGGAAUCAUAGAGAAAAGAUAUCAUAAUAAGAUAAAUCAUGGUAUAAGGCAUUAUGCUUCAAAUUUCUCUGUUAACUCAAGCUUAUAGCUCUAGUAGUUAUUUUUCGUGAAGCUAUGUGAUGCUAGUAUUCUCUUAUACUGUGAUUUCUUAGACGCUCACAAAACGGUAAUAUUAGACAGUAUUCGGCAGUAAUCAGCUUGUUUCAACAAAAAAUUCUGCUUGAAAUUUGGAACAUAAUAAACCUAUACCAUGGGAUCUUCUGAUCAUCUUUACUCCAUCUUCUUUUGCUAUAUUUUCUCUAUUAUAGAAUUGAGCGAAUUCAGACAUUGUUUAUGAACAAAAUAUAACAUUUGUCACAAGGCGACUAAUUUCAUAAACAUCUUCCUGUAAACGUUGUGAGAAGUUGUCCAAAUCAUCUUACAUGUCUUAAGCUCAUAUUAUUUCUUGGAGUGGCCGUAACCGAGUGGUUCAGACGCUUGCUUUGUGAACCAGAGGAGCACUGGGUUCGAAUCUUGGCAAUAACAUAUAUUUUUCUUGGGCCACUCCUGUGUUUCAGAUGGACAUGUUAAGUCGUUGGUUCCGGCUGCCUAAGAGCAGUUGUUAACUCAUGUUAGAGGCCUUGAAAUUGAUCAGUUGUAACCUGAAAACUCUGAUACCUUGUUACUCGUCAUUUAGUUUAGCUCUUAUGCUCAAAGUCAUCCAAAGCAGGUUGUCUGAAGCAUUUCACGAGAAACCACUCAAUUUUUUAUAUAUAUUGAGGAUCACCUGAGCUUUUUGCUUGUGCUUGGGUAAUGGGAAGUGCGAGGGUGAUCUGAUGAGAUGGUCAAAAGCCCAUGCCUAUUCGACGGAAUCCGGCGGGAUUCAAACCCGCAACCAGCUAGCACUAGCAGACUGAAGGGUGUCUCGGCUGUCCUGGCCGUCAAUUUAUUCUAAUAUUGCUCUAUUAAUGGCUUCAAGUGUUUAUGGAUUAUCGAUUUUCACUUGUGAUUGCAAGGAAAAUGCUGUAGAGGAGUAUUGAUAGACAACGUCUCUCAUCCUGUACAGGAGUGUGUUGAUGGAAAUCAUUGAGAUAGAGUAAUCAUCGAUUUCCAUUUAAGCUCAGUGAUGGAUAUAUCCGCCAUUUAACAGAUACUAUUUUUUGUUUAUAAUCAAUGUUAAAAUUUUCUCUGUUCUUAUUUUAAAUGGCAACAUCUAAGCUAAAAAAUGAAACAAUAAAAUUUAAGUUAGGUUAAAAAUUAGUUGACAGUUAUUUCAAAUCUUCCAUACAUCCCUUCUCCCAAGAAGAAGAGGGAGAAGGAGAAGAAUAUGAUGAAGAAGAAGAAGCAUCUCUGUAAAAGUGAGAUUCAGCUCAAUGUAUUGAUUUUGUACAUAAAUAUGUAUUUAUUGUUGAAUAAAUAGACUUUUCUCAGUCAAA